UUCUACUCCUGCUCCUUGUAAAAUGUUCACUACCCCCGACUACUUCCCAUUGCUGACCCGGCAAUUCCAUCGCGAGACGCGCUGGAACGAAAACAACCUCUACUCGACGUUCUGCCGGACCUCGCAGUCGCUGCUCGACUUUGCCGUGCCCUUGGGCGUGUCCGUCAGCACCGGCCGCGGGGUCAGCAACAGCCUGCAUUCGCAGUUUGUGUUCUCCAUGAUCCCCAGCCGGGCAUCUUCGAUUGGGUACUUGGCGACCUCGCGCCCACUGCUGGCCAUCAGCCCAGAGGUCACAGAUGCUGUCGAGGAAAUGCAGCCAGCACUGGCAGACAUGUCAGCGAAGAAGACAAAAAAGGCCAAGAAACGCAAAGCCGAUGCGCCCAAGGAGACACUGCUGACUGGGUUCUUGCCGUCUGAGCCCAAGGAUGUGCUGGCGAGCGGACAGAGCAAGCGGCUCCUUGAUUUCGCCACGGCACGACAGCAAGCAAUUGAUAGCCGGGAUGCACGCAACCUUCUGCAGAGCAUUCGAGCGGGUACGUGGAAAUACAACUGGGAUCUGUGCGCCUCCCAGCAGCAAGCUGAGCCGCAGGCAUUCAACGGCGACUACAUGAUUUCUGCACAGAUGUACCCGUCGGUGUCCUCAGUUACAGGUACAUGGGUGACGCGGCGGUCACAGUUCUCGGAGCUGCAGAUGAGCGGAAUAAGCCGCGCCGGCAUGCAGUCCGACAUGCAGCUGGUGGUGCAGCACACAGUCAACAAGCCCAAGUGGAGCACCGAGACGACCUUUGGCACGCUGGGCGCCAUGCUGGGCGUCCGCGGGCUAUACAACUUUGGCAAUAUCGCGAUGCUGGACCGUGCCUCGCGGCUUUUCUACUGCGGCACCAAUGCCGACGCCCGGCAGGUUCUGAUGAACAAGGUGCAUGGGCGGCUGGCGGUCGGCGGCGAGAUGUACUUUGGUGCGCAGGACUCGAGCGCGGGGAUCUCGCUUGGCGCCCGCUACCGCCACGACCUGCCCCUGUUUUCCGAGGUCACCUGUGUGGUGAAUCCGAUCAUGGGCCACGUAUCUGUGGCGUGGGCGCAGGCGCUGCGGCCGCGUCUGUGCUGUGCGGCGCGGUAUGACUUCAAUGUAUUCAGCAUUACGUCGGAUCUGGCGCUGGGCGUCGAAUGGCAACUGGACGAUAGAAGCAUUGUGAAGGCGCGGUGGAGCGACACGCAGGGGCUGAAGUGCCUGGUGGAUGCGCGCAUGAACAACAUGGUGUUCAGCAUGGGGCUAACGUUCAACAAGGACUGCAAGACAGACCAGUCGGCCGACAUGACCAGGCUGAUAAAGUCGUUUGGACUGCAGUUCCAGUGGUUCAUUUAGAAAUCCUACCAUUGCAAAAAUUUUGAUUGUCCUGAAUUGAAAAUUUGAUUUUCUG